CACCGUACACACAACACAUCCUUGAUCUUGAACUUGAUCAGAGACGGGGCUUUAAGAGUUAAAACUUAAAACAAAACUACUACGGGGAAAAACAUUUUUCUAAGUCUCUGACAAACCAGCUGAAUUUUGAGUUUGAUUUUAAUACCUUCUCUUCAUUAUUCUCUUUGGUUGGGGGAAUCAAGACUAUGAACAAUGGAGAGGAAAGAAGACUGAAUGUAGAAGCAGAGGAGGACGAUGAUGAAGACGAAGGAAAUGGGCGUGGCCGGGACGCCUGGGAGAGAACCUAUAACGAUGAGAGGUCAUGGGAAUCGCUUCAAGAGGACGAGUCUGGUCUCCUUCGCCCUAUCGAUAACAAGUCCCUUUACCAUUCCCAGUACCGCCGCCGCCUUCGUACGGCCUCUGCUGUUCGAAUCCAGAAGGGACUCAUUCGCUACCUUUUCGUUGUUAUUGAUCUCUCCAAGGCAGCUACAGAAAUGGAUUUUCGACCAAGUCGAAGGGCUGUAGUAGUAAAACAUGUUGAGGCUUUCAUUAGAGAGUUCUUUGACCAAAAUCCUCUUAGUCAAAUUGGUCUAGUUACCAUUAAAGAUGGGGUAGCUAAUUGCUUAACAGAUCUUGGUGGCAGUCCCGAGUCUCAUGUGAAGGCUUUGAUGGGAAAACUUGAUUGCUCAGGCGAUUCCUCCAUACAGAAUGCGUUGGACCUUGUUCACGGGUAUCUGCAUCAAAUUCCCUCUUAUGGUCAUCGAGAAGUGCUCAUCUUAUAUUCAGCACUAAGUACAUGUGAUCCAGGAGAUAUAAUGGAGACCGUUCAGACGUGUAAAAAAUCUAAAAUAAGGUGUUCAGUUAUUGGUCUCUCGGCAGAAAUUUUUAUAUGCAAAUAUCUCUGCCAAGAAACAGGUGGUUCUUACUCAGUUGCAUUGGAUGAGUCACACUUCAAAGAGUUAAUACUGGAGCAUGCACCCCCACCUCCUGCCAUAGCAGAAUUCGCAAUUGCUAAUUUGAUCAAAAUGGGCUUCCCACAAAGAGCGGCUGAGAGCUCCAUUGCUAUCUGUUCUUGUCACAGGGAAGCAAAGGCUGGAGGCGGAUACACUUGUCCUAGAUGCAAAGCGCGUGUAUGUGAUUUACCUACAGAGUGUCGAACUUGUGGAUUGACACUCAUUUCUUCGCCCCAUUUGGCGAGAUCUUAUCAUCAUCUCUUUCCUAUAGUACCGUUUGAUGAGGUUUCUUUGUCACAAUUAAAUGAUCCGCAUAUAAAAUUACCUAGAGCUUGUUUUGGCUGCCAAAAGACUCUCCAAAAUGCUGGAAAUAAACCUGGUCCCCGAGUUUCUUGCCCAAAAUGCAAGCAGCACUUCUGCCUUGACUGCGACAUUUACAUUCACGAGAGCUUGCACAACUGCCCAGGUUGUGAGAGCGCAAGGCAUUCUAAGCCAGUUGCUGCUACUGAAGAAUAACCAAGUACUGUGACAUAACCGAAUAGACUUCCAUACGAAUAUUCUGUUACCAAUUCAUCAGAUGAGAACCCUACAUACUUGAGAACAUUUAUGGAUGCUACUGCACCAACUCCACAUGCCUAUGUAUUUUUUGAGAACACUGGUAUGAUCAUGAUCCAAACAGAACAUUUAAAGCUAAAUUAUUUGUGUUAAAUGACAAACCUAGAUUUUUUUUU